UCACUUGUUUUCAUUUCAGGUCGGAACGUUCUAUCGUGCGUGUAUCAAUUUAUCAAAGUAGUAAACCGCAACAAAUUUGCCCUCCCGAUUAUUUUUCGAAAUUCGAAGAUAAUUUAGAUAAUUCUUUAAGUAACUAUAAUUGUAAUUUAGACGACAUAAUGACGACAGCAUCGCCAAUUCCCGGUUAUGACAGACAGCAGAGCACUGAUUCUGGCUGGGAUAAUCCUUUUCGCCCUGGUGGCGAUUUAUCCAGAGAGGCUGAUGAAAUUGUUAAAAUGAUUAGUGGAGGUAAACCGAUAACACCCACAGAAGAUCAUGCGAUAGGUAAUGGAAAGUCACAGAGUAAUGGUACUAGCAAUGGAACAGUCGUUACCGAAGAUAUAACAAAAUCCAAUGUAUCGCAAAAUCAGUCCGCACAAAAUGGUACAAAUGGUUCUCAUAGGGUGCAACCAGCGGCAACAGCAGCAGCUGGAGCAGGAGCGGUAAAAUCAUCGGAAAACAAUGGCGUUACAUCUCUAGCUCAAGUCUCAAAGCAAGUGGUACCUGGACCUACAUCGGCUAGUCAUGUUGUCAUAGACGAAAAGAAAAACAAGAAAAAGGGCUGUUGUAUUAUCCAAUGAACCAAUGCAGCACUUCACAGACAAAACUUUACAAUGCUGUUGAUAGUGAUGGGAAUGAAAAGGCGACCGGAUGAUACGCAUGAAUUUGGCAUCGUCGACGUCGAC